CAUCAAUCAACGUUGAUGGGUUAAAAAAGAUGGCCUUCAUUUGCAUAAAUGCAACGCAGUAUAUGCUAGGAUGAUAAUCAAGAGCUGAGAUUGAAACCGUGGUGAAAGAAAGAGCGACAGAGGGGGCGAAGUUAGAGGAAUCCAACAUGAUGAGUCCAACAGACUCCGAUCGUGAAACGGAACAAGCUGAACAUUUACAGGGCAAUGUGAGAGAGCAGACGAAAUUACAACUCAUGAGAGCCCUGGUUGAAAAUCAGGAUCCCUCUUCCAAGGACGUUGAUGAUUUGACGCUUAGAAGAUUUUUGCGUGCUCGUGAUUUAGACGUAGAGAAGGGUUCUGCCAUGUUUCUCAAGUAUAUGAAAUGGAGGCGAACAUUUGUUCCAAAUGGUUUCAUUUCUUCGUCAGAGAUCCCGAAUGAAAUUGCUCAGAACAAGAUGUUUCUCCAAGGCUUUGACAAGAAAGGACAGCCUAUAGGCGUUGUGCUUGGUGCCAGACAUUUUCAAAAUAAGGGAGGCCUCGACGAAUUCAAGCGUUUUGUGGUGUAUAUUCUUGACAAACUAUGUGAAAGGACAACAGGAGAGAAGAAAUUUGUCGUGAUUGGAGACCUUAAAGGUUGGGGAUAUGCAAACACUGACCUACGUGCAUACCUUGGUGCUCUAUCCAUUUUGCAGGAUUACUACCCAGAGCGACUAGGGAAGAUGUUUGUUGUGCAUGCACCUUACAUUUUCAUGGCAGUAUGGAAAAUCGUUUAUCCUUUUAUAGAUAAAAAUACCAGGAAGAAGAUUGUAUUUGUGGAGGACGCAAAGCUAAAAUCAACUCUGUUGGAAGAGAUAGACGAGAGUCAACUCCCUGAAACAUACGGAGGUCAACUGCCAUUGGUUCCGAUCCAGUUGAGCUGAUCAACAAUGCACCUCAUGAAGAGACUACAAGCAGUGGAACAUUACAAAUGAACAGUUCUUGCAUUACUGGGCAAAGCCAUUAUGUAGCAUAUUAACUAUAAAAUCUACAAGUAACUCUUUUUUCA